AUGGAAUCGAUGUUUGAACUUUUCACCGCGCCGAACGGGCUCUGGGAUCUGUUUGUUGCAGCGGCCUGGAGAGCCUCAAUUAUCUUUAUCGUCACGUUUUUCUUGGUACAACUCUUCGGAUACCUCUAUUCUGCCAUACGAUCCGACUUGAGGCAGGUCCCGGGACCACUUGCCGCCAAAUUCACCCAGCUAUGGCGUGUUUGGCGGCUCUGGUCCGGAGAUGCCUUGAACGAAUAUCCUCGGAUCCACGCUAGAUACGGGAAAAUCGUUCGCACAGCACCGAAUGUCAUUUCAGUGGCGGAUGUCGACAUGAUCCCAGUGAUAUACGGGAUCGGCUCCAAGUAUCAAAAGAGCAAUUUCUACGACACGAUGAUCCCCGUGAUCGACGGCCGAGUGUCACACAGCACAUUUUCCGUCAAAGAUCCUCUUCAGCAUCAAAUUUUGAAACGCCCUGUCUCACAAAAAUAUUCGAUGACGUCUAUCCGGUCCAUGGAGCACCUGGUCGAGGAAUGCAUUGAUAUCUUUAUGGAUGCGAUGAAUGACCUAGCGGGAACACCAAUCGACCUAGGUGAAUGGCUUCAUUGGUAUGCCUUUGAUGUCAUCGGAGCCAUCACGUUCAACCGAAGAUUUGGAUUUAUGGAGCACCGAGCGGAUUACGAGCAAAUGAUUGCCGGGGGCCGUUUUAGCCUCUGGUAUGCAGGUAUCAUUGGAUUGGUACCAGGAGCACAUAAGUGGCUCUUGGGGCAGUAUUGGUUUCGUGUUCUGCUCGGCCUUUUCCAACCUGGAGGGCAUGAUCCUGUGCUCACCAUUGCAAGGGUGAGUUCCGCCCUCUCCAUCACCGAUUACGACAGCAGAGAGGCCAACACCCAGAAGACGCGUACCGAUUUUCUGGCCUACCUUCGACAAACAAAGGAUAAUGGCCAGCCCCUCUCCGAUCAUAUGAUCAAGAAUCACCUUUCUAAUAACUUAUUGGCUGGGAGCGAUACGACUGCGAUCUCGCUGAGAGCCGUGAUUUACUACCUUCUCAAGACCCCAAGAUCGCUGAAGAAGCUCCAAGCGGAAAUCGAUGAAGCAGAAGGAAAUCUACAGCUGUCGAAACAUGUCUCUUACGAGGAGAGUCUACAACUGCCCUAUUUACAAGCAUGCCUCAAAGAAGCAAUGCGUAUGCACCCAGGCGUCGGCUAUCCACUCGAACGGUACAUACCACCCGGCGGAGCAGAAAUUAGCGGGUUUCGAUUGCCUGGUGGCACAGUCGUGGGCAUCGCUCCGUCGAGCAUCCAUCAGCUGAAAAGCAUCUACGGAGAGGACGCGCAUCAAUUUCGGCCAGAACGGUGGAUCGAGAACCAGCCUGAGCAAAUCAAAGUGAUGGACAGAUGCCUUUUGACCUUUGGCUACGGAGCAAGGACGUGCUUGGGCAAAAAUGUUUCUAUCAUGGAGAUGGGCAAGCUUGUCCCUGAAAUACUGAGACACUUUGACCUCGAAUGGGCUUCCGCCGAACCUGACUGGAAAGUGGAGACGUGGUGGAUGGCUCGACAGAGCGGGUUAAUAGUCAAGCUCAUAACUCGAGAUAGGAGGCCUGUCCCAUAA